GUAGCCAGCGCGCAUCUGUACGAGUCUGCAAAACCCUAACGUUGCGCGGUUAGUUAGUUUUUUCCCGCCGCUUCAUCAAAACUGAAAUGGAAGCGGUGUUGGUAACGCCGGGAGAAGUUUUGGGUUCGGCUUUGGAGUACAAAGCUGGUAGAGGGGCUUACCUUUCAGCAAAGCAGAAGAUUGUUCGCUCGUCUGUCACCGGACUCCGCUCUUUCAUACCCCCUCCUUCUGAUUCUCUCGACCAGAGACCAACCGUGGAGGUUACUGGACACAAGGCACAUGGACCUGUUCCUCAGCCAGGCUCAGUUGUUAUAGCCAGAGUUACUAAGGUGAUGGCAAAGAUGGCUUCAGUGGAUAUUAUGUGUGUUGGUUCCCAGGCUGCUCGGGAAAAAUUCACAGGAACCAUAAGGCAACAAGAUGUCAGAGCAACUGAGAUCGACAAAGUAGAUAUGCACUUAUCUUUUUGUCCUGGUGACAUUGUUAGAGCAUUGGUGCUUUCACUUGGAGAUGCACGAGCAUAUUAUCUAUCAACUGCGAAGAAUGAGCUGGGUGUUGUAUCCGCAGAAAGUGCAGCAGGUGCUACCAUGGUUCCAAUAAGUUGGACAGAGAUGCAGUGCCCCCUGACAGGCCAAGUGGUAAAUAGAAAGGUUGCAAAAGUUAAUGUAUGAUUAGCCGACUGAAAGCUAGAGAGUAACAGGUUUAUUGUGGUCUUACUACUCUGAUUGACUCCUACGGCGUAUGUAUAUCUGGAUGUUUUCUAUGAGCACAUUUAUGAUUAGAGAGAAUCCUUGUUUGUGGCUCUUUACAGUGCUCCGACCGAGGCAUGGCAAUAUUCUAUAUCCAAAUUCCAAAGUGACUACACCAUUUCUGUUUUUAUUUUGUUUAUCUUGAGAGCACCCGAUUAUUGAGAAUUUGAGAUUAUAUUGAAAUUGUGCAUAUCGAAUUUUGAUAAGAACGCGUAUUGGUGGAAUAAUUCCCAUGAUAUAUCGCGUCAGUAUCUACUAAAGGAAGGCCUUUAGUACUUUCUUGUGUAGUU